AGCCGCCUUUAUUUUUUGUCGGCGCAGUAAAAAGAAGAAGUGUAUUCAUUCUCAUUGUUUUUUUAUUUCAAAGCACGUGUAAACGAUUUUCUGAGUAUUAUUUUUAUUAAUUUGACGGAAAAUAAUUUAAAAAUGGGUAAAAAAUUCCAAAAAAAGAAGAAAACAGAGCAACUUGAGAUUGUGCCUAUGGACGAAAAUCCUCCAUUGCCACCACAAAGGCCUUCUGAUGAAGUUAUACCAAAAAGGGAAAAAUGGGUAAAUAAACAAAGAGUAUUGGUUUUUGCGGCUCGAGGCAUUAGCCACCGUGAUAGACAUCUCAUGAAGGAUAUUAAAACCUUAAUGCCACAUCAUAGACCUGAAUCGAAAAUGGAAAGAUCGAAAACAUUAGCUGUGGUAAAUGAUAUGUGUGCCAUGAAGCACUGCAACAAAUCUAUACUUUUUGAGGGAAGACGUAAAAGAGAUCUAUAUAUGUGGGUUUCCAACAUACCCAAUGGACCAUCGGCCAAAUUUUUAGUUGAAAACAUUCACACUAUGGCAGAAUUAAAAAUGACUGGUAACUGUCUGAGAGGCUCCAGACCGCUAUUGUCUUUCGAUGCUAAGUUCGACGAAGUGCCCCAUUUGAAAUUGUUGAAAGAAAUGUUCACUCAAAUUUUCGGUGUUCCUAAUCAUCAUCCUAAAAGUCAACCUUUUAUAGAUCAUGUUUACACUUUUACUUAUUUGGAUAAACGUAUUUGGUUUAGAAAUUUCCAAAUACUUUCAGAGGAUGGUGGCUUGGCGGAAAUUGGACCACGUUUUGUCAUGAAUCCCGUUAAACUUUUUGAGGGCUCCUUUACCGGCAAUACUUUGUGGGAAAAUCCAGACUAUGUUAGUCCAGCCAAACAAAGGCAAAUGCUCAAAAAGGCUGCUAAGGAACGUUAUGUUAACCGUAUUGAACAAAAGGUUCAUCAUGAAGCUACACUACCCAAGAAUGCCUAUGAAGGUAUUGAAUAUGAUGAAAUAUUUGCUGAUAAUGAUGCCGUUGAAACAGCAAAACUUUUAGCCGAAAAGGCCAAACAAAAGGCUCUACAAAAAUUGGAUAAACCAAAGCAGAAAUCAACAAAAGAUGCCCUAACGAAGAAGAUCAAAGAAAAACAAUUGGAUGCUGUUAAACAAGUAAUAGAAAAGAAAAAAUCUAGCGUGAAAUCAAGUAAAAAGCAAAAAUCUUAAAAAAGUUUUUUAAUAUUCUUAAAUCUUUAUUUUUUAAUAAAAUAUAUAAGUUUGUAAAAAUUUA